UACCUUGGCGAGUUACCGGCGGUCACCGAGGUGUUGCUGAUGUAAACCGGUACCUGGAGCGGUAUAUAAGAAAAAAAGCCACGAUGGAGACUCCCGAGCUCUGAAAGCAGCACCGUAACCAGAAGAUGCUCUCUUUCACCCUGGUGCUGCUCCUGAGUGCUGCCGCCGGCGAGGUGGCGACUGACCGUUACGCGGAUGGAGCUGCUCCGUCCCCGGCUCUGUCCCCGGCUCCGUCCGGCUCCGCUACCGAGGAGUCCUCGCGUCCCGCAGUCGCUUUGGCCCGUUCGGCAGAGCAUCCGACACCGACGACGGUCCAAGACGACGCGUCUCACCACCACGGAGGGGGCUACAGGAUAGUGCAGUGGGAAUGGAGCUACGUCCAGACCCCGUACAUUAUAGCAAUUUGGCUCCUGCUGGCCAGUGUCGCCAAAAUAUUGUUUCACUUCUCACAGCGCUUCACCACGGUGGUCCCAGAGAGCUGUAUGCUGAUUCUGUUGGGUCUGAUCCUGGGUGGUGUGGUGCUCCUCGCAAGCAAGAAGCAGCUCUACCAGCUAGACCCUGGCCUCUUCUUCCUCUUCCUGCUCCCCACGAUAGUAGGGGAUGCUGGAUAUUUUAUGCCUGCACGCCUGUUCUUCGACAACCUGGGUGCCAUUUUGAUGUAUGCGGUAGUGGGGACUCUGUGGAAUGCCUUCUGUACUGGGUUCUGUCUCUAUGGAGUGAAACAGGCAGGAGUGAUUGAUGAUAAGGUGGAGGCAGGACUGAUGGAGUUCCUGCUGUUCGGAGCUCUGAUCUCAGCCGUCGAUCCUGUCGCAGUGCUCGCUGUGUUCGAGGAGGUCCACGUUAACGAGAUGCUCUUCAUCAUCGUCUUCGGCGAAUCGCUCGUCAACGACGCAGUCACUGUGGUGAUGUAUAAGGUUUACAUCUCCUUUGUAGCAGUGGGUCCUGGAAAUGUCCAAACAGCAGACUACUUCAAAGGUGUUGCCUCCUUCCUCAUCGUUAGCAUCGGGGGGACGCUUGUGGGACUGAUUUUUGCUGUUAUUCUGGCCUUCAUCACUCGUUUCACCAAGAGGGUGCGCAUCAUUGAGCCGCUGUUUGUCUUCCUGCUGGUGUAUCUGGCUUACCUUACAGCCGAACUCUUCUCUCUCUCCGCUAUUCUCUCAAUGACCUUCUGUGGCAUUGGCUGCAACAAGUAUGUGGAGGCCAAUAUAUCCCAGAAGUCCCGCACUGCUGUCAAGUACACGAUGAAGACUCUAGCUAGUAUCGCUGAGACCAUCAUCUUCAUUUUUCUUGGCAUUUCAGCUGUGGACAAGACCAAAUGGGCCUGGGAUACUGGCCUUAUCGUGUGUACUCUUAUAUUCAUCUUAGUCUUCAGAGCCAUAGGUGUAGUCGGACAGACCUGGAUUCUAAACAAGUUUCGACUUGUUCAUCUGGAAAAGAUUGACCAGGUGGUGAUGUCAUACGGUGGCCUGAGAGGUGCAGUUGCAUUUGCCCUGGUGGUAUUACUGGAUGAGGAGCAUGUGAAGGCGAAGGAUUACUUCGUCGCCACGACUAUUGUUGUGAUUUUCUUCACAGUCAUGUUUCAGGGUCUGACCAUCAAGCCUCUGGUUAAAUGGCUCAAGGUUCCUCGCAGCACUAACAGAAAACCUACAAUUAAUGAAGAGAUCCAUGAGCGUGCCUUUGACCACAUUCUUGCUGCUGUGGAAGACAUUGCUGGUCUGAAUGGUUACCAUCACUGGAGGGACAAAUGGGAACAGUUUGACAAAAACUAUCUGAGUAAACUGUUGAUGCGCAAAUCCGUGUACCAUAAAAGCGAGUUGUGGGAGGCGUAUCAGAAAAUCAACAUCAGAGACGCUAUCAGUGUUAUUGACCAGGGUGGCAACAUUUUAACCUCUGCUAGACUCUCACUCCCCUCUAUGGCCAGUAGAGCAUCCUUUCCAGAGAUGACCAAUGUUACCAACUACCUGAGAGAGAAUGGUAGUGGUGUGUGUCUGGAUCUUCAGGUGAUUGACACAAUCCCAAGUGCAAAAGUCGAGGAGGAAACAGAAACACAUCAUGUUCUGGCUGGGAAUCUGUACAAACCCAGGAGAAGGUACCAGUCUCACUACAGUCGUCACUUCAUGACUGCGGGUGAUCAGGAAAGGCAGGACCGGGAAGUGUUCCAGAGAAACAUGCGCAGCCGCCUGGAGUCCUUCAAAUCCACCCAGUACAAACGACACAAGAAGGACCGCAGCCAGAAGAAGCGCAAAGGGUCAGAUGCAAAGGAGCAAGAAACCAUCGAAAAGCCCAGGAGAAAUGUCAGCUGGCAAGACAAAGACCCUGUAGUAAUACCACUCGAGCCUGGGGAAGAGAAGGCAGAGCAUUCAGAGGCAGAGAAGGAUGAGGAUGUUGGCAUCACCUUUGUGGCCCACAGAGGUUCAGAAACACCAACGGCACGGCCCAAAUCAGAUUCAUCUGUUACAGAGGUGUGUCAGAGCCCAUCUGUCGCCCCCCCAUCUCCCACAUGUGGAGAGAAAAACCUGCCGUGGAAGGAAGAUGUGGAUUCUCUGCCUCCGUGUGUGUCCAGCGAGGCCACUAAAAUCAUCCCUAUAGACCUGCAGGAGGCCUGGAACCAGAGCAUCUCCUCACUGGAAAGCCUGGCCUCACCUCCAGUCUUUCAAGAACCACAGCACCCUCACCCCAACACCUUCUCCAGACUUUCCGCACCCACGCGGCCUCCCACUUCAGCAGAGUUCCACUUCCCUGUAGGCAAAGAGGAGGAGGAGAGCGGCCUCCCUCAGCAGUUGCAGGAAAUACAGCCUCUCAUGUUAUCUGGGAGGCAGUCACUCCAUUCUCUCCCACCCUCUGCCGCAUUGCCUUCUGGGAAGAGGAGGAAUCCGUGUGUGUAUCUGAGGAGUCUUGUAACAACACCACCAUCAAACAGUGUGCCACAUAGCAGGAAACCCACACAGCUGUAGUUUAGGAGUUUCUUUAUCUUUUUCUUUAUAUCUUUAUAUAACUGCUGCUUUUGGGGCCUCCUUAAAACCAUGCUGCUGGCUAAUAUAAAAGCCUCAUGCUGACUUUAUUUUAUAUGAAUUUAAUUUCCAACUUUACAUUUUGUCAGCAGUGGGGUGAAGGAAAGUUAUGGCUCCACAGAUGGACCUUAAGAAACCACUGGCUGACAAGCAGCACCUGCGGUUUCAGUGCCUAUACAAACAGGGCAGUUCGUCUUACAUUGAAAAAUCCUUCCACUUUUUGUGCUUUUCUUCUUUUUUUGUGCGAUCAAAAUGCACGUCAAGAUAUUAGCACAAAAUAUAUUUGCCUUUCCCACAUUAGAGCAGGGGCUUUUGGGUGUGUCAGCCAAUCAUGGCUUUCAUUUACAAGCCAAACACAAGCUUGAAAAGUCUUAGAAAAAUACUUCAAACUAAAAGAAUGUCCAAUUGCUUUUUAGCCCUGCUGUAACUACUUCACUUUUUUUUUUUUUUUUUUUGCCUCUGCCCAGUCAUCCAAAAGCAAAACAAAAGCGAGAGAAUAAGGGGUAUUCAAUCCAGCCAAACCUCACUGUUACGAGUCCAAAUUCCACUUUCUGAAUGACUCUUGGCUGAAAAGAGCAGUCCAUUCUCCCCUGGCUGUGUUCAGAGACCGAAAGGAACCAGUGCUCCGAUUCACUGCGUUCUCAUUUGCGAUGGGGAACAAAACCAGGCAGCUCAAUAAUGAUGUCCCCACACACACACACAACAUGUGUGAAGUGGAUAUACUGCAUGAUGUACGCUCUUAGAUAUCGUGGCUAUAGAUGUGCAUCAUAAACUAGGGUUAGGGUUAGGGUUAGGGUUAGAAUGUAGAUGUGCAUAAUAAACUCAGCAUGAUCUCUGUAACACAUGAGCAGGACAUCAAUUUAUAGUCUAGAUGGGACAUAAGCUCCGUGCUUCUACUCACAGACUAGUUGUGCUGUUUGCUGGAUUGAUCCUCUACUCUAGUUCACAUUUCAAAAGACCUCAUUUUAGCAUUAUUGUAUAAGCCUGUCUUUAUUUCUGUUUUUAUUCCAUGUCACUUGUAAUGUAUUUAUUUGAAGUUGUUCCUCUUUGCACUUACUUAGGGGGAAAUGUGUGAAAUUGUCAAACGCAUACUAAGCAGUUUGAAGGACCAACAUAUACGUAUGUAGAGUUGAAAAGAUCUAAAUGAAUGUUCUAUGUGUUUGUGUGUUUAGCAUUGACCGUCUCUUCACAUGCUGUUGUGUGUUUUGUCUGUAAACAGGUAAUGGAAAUCCACUGUGUAGAAAUCUCUGAAUCAAACAUGUCUUAUAGCAACAUUUUAUUGUAAUCACAGUGGCAGUAUACAAAUGCACAUAACAUGAGUUAAAGAAAUCUAUUCAGUAAUAUAUAUUUAUUUAAAAUGGUUGGUAGUCAUUUGGCCUGCCAAGAGACCUAGGACCAUAGCACAUUACACCUUUGUGUAUGAGAUACUAUCCCUUUAUGCUUGAUGAUUAAAUGUAGUAUUAUAUGCAAAGCUUAUGAUUUUUACCUUAUGAUCAAAAGCCAUGUAAAACCCUGAUUUGGUCAUAUCUAAGCUGCUAUCUCAUUGGUUCGUUUUUCCUCUCUUCUUUUUAUUUAUCUCGGUUAUGUAAUUACGUCUGUUCUCAGAAUAUGUCGUGCCUUUAGAAAGAGUCUGGAACGUGCUGUGUAAGGGGCCUUGAUAUCUGUCGUGCCUGGCAAACAGUUAAAAGCAGUUCGUUUUUUCGUGCUGUCUCACUUAACCUAGUCAUGUUUGUCAGAUAUUUUUCCUUACUGCUUUGUUUUUUUUAUUAUUAUUCAGAUGUACAUGAGAUAUGCGGCUGUUUUAUUGCACAUUUUAAAAUGUUUUCAUUCGAUCUACCCAUCGGGUGUUCUUUUAAAAUUAGAUGAAGAGUCUGUGUGCCAAAUGUUAACCUUGGGUAGUGUCCAAGAGUGAAGCUAAUAAAAAGAUAA